AAUUUAUUAUAUACAUGAAUUGAAUAAGUGGUCAAUAGUAAGAUGAAAAAUUGGUAUACUAGAUACUGAUUUUUCUUUAACGCCACACGACCUCUACUUUAUGAAUGCGAUCGUCACUUGGAUCUGUUUGUGUUUACGGUUGGCGGUCUAUAAACAAAUAAGUAUCGAAGUGAUGCCAUUGUCCGAGUUCAACCCGGCAUAGAAGCGUCUAGCUGUAAGCUCCGGUCAAUCUUAAGUGUUUUAAGUUUUUUAAUCAAAUAUGGAUCCGGAAAAUGAUUUAAAAUUAUUACAAUCGUGGAAUUUAUCCCAUCUUUAUAAUAAUUUUGAAGCGGCAAACUUACAUCCUUUAUGGUUUUUAACAAAUGAGGACAAAAUACAUGAAGUCAUUACGAACCAGUCUGAUGCAUCUCAAUUCAAAAAAUGCUUAAAAGAUUAUCGAUCGCUUGUUUUACACCAUAAUGACAAUAAUAAUCAGCAUUAUUCUAAUUCUACUGAACAGAGUGAUGUUUUUCUGACAGCAUCAUCUGAGUUACCUCAGCCAGCAUACGGCGCGAUUUCAGUAGUUCCGUCAAUUGAUAAUAUUUAUCCUUUUGCUGGCAAUUCUGCUACUUUGAUGAAUGUAGAUUAUAACACAGAAAUACCAGCAUCUUUUCCUCAACCACUGAAUAAUAAUAGUUCUGAUCCAUAUCUAAAUGAGAUAGACUCAGAUGAAGGAGAAACAAUUACUGAAGAUGAUGUUGCUCAACUUAAUUUAGAAGAAUAUUUAAAAUCAAGCACAAAAGGCUGCGCGAUUUUAUUAGCACUUAAAAAUGGAAGCCAAAGCUUACUAAAUACUCAUCGAAAUCAAUUAACACGAUUGAUAAUUGAUCGAGAAUUAGGAAUUGCUAAAGCAAAGUUCGGCAAUGAUCUAACGAUUUCUCAAUUUAAUAUAACAAAAAAAAAGUUUCUGAUUUAUACGAAAAGCAUCAAGAAUCUUUGUCCAACGGAAAGGAGAAAGUCAUAUUACGUUGGAUAUAAAAAAAUAGGAACAAUUAAAUGUUUACCUAAGGGUAAACUUUAUCGGCAUUUUGAAUUUCGGAAAAGUACUCUACGGAAAGAUGGUGUACUGAUAUCAAAACCACGAGCUAAUGAAAAUUUGACAUCAAAUGUGACAGAUGAGACUGAUUUGAAUACGUUAAAACUCCUUGAAGGAAAUUUUAAUACGUUUAAUGACGUAAAAGACUUAUGGUCGAAAUCAUUUUCCGAUCGAUCAAAGUUAUUAAAAUAUGACAGAGUAGAAAUUCAUGUGUAUAUGAACCGAUUCAAAGUUUUAAAAAGUCCUUUCGGUUAUGAAUUGCUUUCAAUUGAUUUCUCUAGACUAUUCCCUGGGAAAGAAGAUAAUUUUAAUAAAAAUUGGCCGCCCUUAAAAUUAAAAUUAAUCAAGCUAUUGACUGAAAAUAAAAAAAUAACAAAUCCUGAAGAUUUGGCACAUUUAGGUGCUUUAGAUGCUAUUAUUGGUGAACGUCAAGAUGCGAUCUUAUGCCAUUUACUGCCAUAUUUAGUUCCUGUGACUUAUGUUGAUAUUCCUGAGGAACAAAUAUUGGCAAGAUCUCAGGGACCAAAAAAAAGGAGAAUUACCAAAAGACGCGCUUCUUAUGAAGAAUCGAGAAACGAUCUUUUCAUUGUCACCCCAAACGUUGGUAGUGUUGAAUCACUAGUUAAUAAAAGGAAGGAAGAACUGAGUAGCCAACAUCGAUAUCUCCAGCCAGUACCAAUUUUUGUUGGAACAUUGAGAAACGUGGAAGAUGCUUAUGUCAUCUUAAAUGAUACAUUAUAUCAUGUAAAAAGUGUUGUAAACGCUAUAAGUCUGACGAUUCGAAUUUGUCACUCAUUAGAUUGUAGUUAUCCACCUGCUGCUAAGAAUCUAUGGUUAUUUUUACAAAACGCUGGAUUUGGGAUAUCAUUACCUAACGAUAAUUUGCCAACAGCUUUGGAAACGUUAAUUGGACAAGUAUCAAUUUAAAACAUAAUUACAAAUUUUUUUUAUAAUUUAGAAUUUCAUUACUAUUAUUUA